AUGUCUGCCUCCGUUGCUUCUCAGAACCCGUACGACCUCCUUGGAAACGACAUCGAGGAUCCCGAUGCUCCACCUCCACCUGCUCCAAGGCAGGUGAUCAAGAACACCACUACCUCUAAGAAAAGAGAUGAGAAGCCUGCCCCGGCUGUGGCUCCCGCGGUCAGUGGCUCCAGAGCUGGUGGCUACAAGAGAGGCCGUGGUGGAAACGACGGAGCAUUCCGUGAUCGUGAGGCUGGACGCCAGAACAAUCUCGCCAAGAACACUGAUGAGGACAACACCGCUCCCCAGGGCGGUGCCCGUGGACGUGGUGGACGUCGCCAGUAUGAUCGUCACAGCCAGACCGGUAGAGUUGACACCGAGAAGCAAGUAGGCCAGGGAUGGGGUGCCAACAAGGGCGAAAAGGAAUGGGAUGACGAGCUUGCUGGUGCUGAACUUGCCCAGAAGGAUGCUGCUGGUGCCGAUUCCGCCGACCCCAACGCUGUCCCCGCCUCCGAGGAUCCCGCCGCUGCCGAGGGUGGGGCUACUGCUGAGGUCCCUGAAGAGCCCGAAGAGGUUCACAAGACCUAUGACGAGUACCUUGCGGAGCUUGCUCAGCGUCAAGCCGACCUUGGCCCCCCUACCGAAGUUCGCCGUCCCAACGAGGGUGGUAACGACAAAAAGUGGGCUGCCGCGAAGGAGUUUUCUCGCGAGGAGGGUGCCUACUUCGUUGGCGAAUCCAGGGACAAGACAAGGAACCGGGAGCGCAAGACUAAGCAGAUUCUCGACAUCGAGCCUCGUUAUGUCGAGCCCAGGGAAGCCGGACGUGGUGGAGCUCGUGGUGGCCGUGGACGCGGUGGUGAUAGGGGCGGUCGUGGUCGUGGCGAUAGAGGCACCCGUGGUGACCGUGACGGUGACCGUCGCGGUGACUACCGUGGUGGAAAGAGCAGCACUGGAACCCCUAACCUUGACGAUACCAGUGCUUUCCCAAGCUUGGGAGCUUAG